UUCAUUAAUGUAAUAAGGAUAGCUAAAGAGUUUCCUUAUGGGUAAGACUUUCUAGACAUAUGCAUAUAAAUACCAGAGCUCCUGCUUAACCAAAAUCACGCGACCUACACUAAAGUAUUCACCCCAUCCAGAAUUAGAGAGAUCAGAUUGAGAAGAAGAGCUCUUGUAUAAGUUCUUGAUAUUUCCACAACUUCUAUGACAAGCCAAAAGAUGGAUCAAAGAAGAUGGGAGGACUUAGACGUGGACUGUUUGUUGAUUGUGUUGGGAAAAGUUGGAAUGGAGUCGCUGCUUUUGGGUGUCCCUUUUGUGUGCAAGUCAUGGUACAAAGCAAGCCUCGAUCCUUCAUUCUGGCAAUGUCUCAUAUUACCGGACUUUCAUGAUGGUUUUAUGGUUGCUCGGUUUUCUUAUUUUGCAAAAAAUCAAUUUUGGAUCGCUACUCCCUUUUAUAGAAAAUUCAUACGUCAGUACCGAAUGAGUAAGUACCGUUUCUCCAUGACUGGUUUUGUAAAGCUUGUUGUUAGUCGUAGCUGUGGAAAUGCUACUUCUCUGAGCCUACCUGAAUGUUCAAACAGACUACUGAGAUUAGUCGCAAAUACGUGUCCUAGCCUCAAGGCUUUGACUUUGCCUAGAAAUUUCGUGUUACGGGAAUCAAGCAUAAUUAUGGAACUGACUGAAAAGUUGAAACAUUUGGAGUCAUUGUCUUUGGGAAACGACAUAGAUAUUACUGAAAUUCUUUCACAGAUCAGCCUUCACUGCAAGAACUUUCGUAGGUUAGACGUCUUUCGUGCUUCAUUAUGUAAAGAUAAGGCAUUGUCGAUUGUCAAGUUCGUACCUAAUAUUGAAUACUUAAGCUUGAGGAGGGCAAUCAUUCGUCGGUGCGAUCUCAUCACAAUACUGCAGGGAUGUAGGGAGCUUGUGUUUUUGGAUGUCAGUGGUACUGGUUUUGAUGAGGGUGACCAUGAAAUAUCAAUGUUUGCUUCUCAUAUUUCUAAUUUUAGGUGUAAGGGUUUGAUGCAUGACAAAAUAUGUGGUGUGAAAAAUUAAUUAGAAUAAAGUGGCUCAAAGUUGGAAGGAAAUAGUGCAACAGAGGAAAAUUCCAACUAAAUGUCAAUUAUGGCACUACGAAAAGAACGAAAGCAUAUCGUCGAGAUUUUCGAAUUGAUUAAAGAAGU